UCAGUGUCUGCGUGAGGCCGAACACGUCCGUGUCGACUGUGUGUCCCGAGGUGAAAAUGAAGCGCACCCUGUGGAUCUGCGUGCUGCUCGGCUCCGUCCUCACCGCUCCGGUGUUGUCCAUUCGGUGUUACUCCUGUAAAGAUUACACCUCCAGCUGUACCAAGCAGCGAGACUGUAGCUAUGAUGACGCCUGUCUCACCCUCACAGAGAGAGGUGGAAUGACGUACCGUCAGUGUCUGAAGUAUUCAGACUGCGAGUUCAGCCGACUGGCUCAGAUGUUCCCACAGGUCUCCAGUUUUACCUUCAAGUGCUGCAACUCUGACCUUUGUAACUCCGCCCCAUCCUCUGCAACAAGCUCUCUGAUUGGUCUGCUGGCCUCCGUGGCCAUCACAUGGUGGUGCAUGCACUAAGGAAGCUCGGUCCUCGGCUGCUAAUACUUUUUCUUCUGGUGUUGCGCUUUUAAAAGACAUGCUCUCUGCUGCCCCCUGCAGCACAUCUAUGGCAGUAAACUGACUUAACCCCUCAAAAACCUUUUCCUGUCAUGUGUUCUGAACAGCCAAUGAAUGAACAGGAAAGUGUUCUGAGCUGUUCUUUGGUCCAC